AUGUCGACCGAGAGUCAGAAUACCGAAGCUCGUGAGCAUUUCAAGAAGCAUGGCUGGGUCCGCAUCCCCUCUCUCCUUUCCAAGGGACGGGCCGACGAGAUACUCCAAAAGCUUUGGAUGGUCAAGGAGAAAGCCGAGGCAAGGGGUGAAGAAUCCCAUCUCCCUUUUCUCGAUCCGAACCCCAGCAAUGUUCGUAUCUUUUAUCUGAUGGAGCUUGACAAGGUUUUUCGAGACCUCAUUUUCCACCCGACGGCGCUGGACAUGGCAGCGACCGUGCUAGGGGACGGGUUCAUCAUCUCCAACUUUACAGCAAACAUAGCGAGACCUGGGUCUCAGUCCAUGGCACUGCACUCGGACCAGAGCUUGGUGUUUGAGGAGCCUUGGAAAAAGGUGCAGGCAAUGAAUGUCAUCUGGUGCCUCACCGACGUGACCAAGGAGAACGGCGCGACCUUGUAUAUACCGGGAUCUAACAAGAUUGUAACCCGUGAUGAGCUACCAGAGAAUGCGCCCGAGCUACUGGUCCCAUUCGAGGCCAAGGCGGGCGACAUUAUUGCCAUGGACGGCCGCGUCUGGCACACGAGUGGCGCAAACGUGACCAAGGACGAGGACCGCGCGCUGCUCUUUGGCUACUACACCUCUGCACACAUUCGACAACAGGUCAACUGGACCGCGAAGCUGCCCAAGGACAUUCAGGACACCUUGAGCCCAAAGGAGAAGACGCUACUUGGAUUGGAUCCUGUAGCCAAUCUCGGACUGGCUGGUGAUCUCAAAUACCUGUCGCAGCAGUAUCCCAACCAUAAAGUCAAGUCAUCUGCAUGA